GCCACAACUGCUCAGUGACUGCACAGUUCGUCAGGCGCGCCAACGCCCAGCUAGAAGUGCUUUCCACAGAGACUCAGAAGCCAAGCGUCCGGGGACUCUCGGGAAGGUGCCAGCGUUACCUCAGCCUCUCCGAGGGAGCCGCGCGCCCUGACACUCCCCUCUUUGAGGAUUCGGGCCAAUCGGUUCAGCUCACAUGACUUCAUCCAAGCAAGUUUCUUGUCACCUCGGGCAGCGAACUGAACUCACGGCUUUUUGACUUAGCUGACCCCCAAAGAAGGAGUUUCCGUCCCCCCUCAAGAGGGACUAUAAAAUCAUGACAACUGACCGAGCCAGGGCCGAGUACGGGGUCUGGCUCAAUCCUCACGCGACCCUUUUUCUUUCUCGGUCUCUGAUUCACGCCUGGGCUCGGUAGUCGUCUUCGGUGCGCCUGGAGGACCCCGUCCUCCGGAGACUCCUGGCCAAAGCAAAAGCAGCAAACACAGGCAUUAUUCCUACUCUCGCGCACGACCGAUCGAAAGUGGGGGUCCGGGAGAGGGGACUCUUUGGUGGGGCCUGAUUUGGCGGGGCAGGUUCCGGGCAGGUCCUGAGUAGGCAGCGCCGAGGUCGCCUAGGUUCCCGACAGGCUCCGCGCGGCGGGGGCCUUACCUGCUCCCCCGCUGUUGCCGCCGCCGCCGCCGCCGCCGCUGCCGCGGUUGCUGGGGGUCGGUGAGAGGUGGAGCUGUCGCCAAGCCCGUGGAGUCCGUCUGUGUUGCUGUUUUUGCCUGAGGAGUCUUCCUUCCGAGGUCGCUCCCCGACUCCCGUGGUGUCGAGGGGGAGUCCCUGCGGACGCCUGGGCACGCAGCGGAGAUGCCUCUCUUUGCCACCAAUCCCUUCGAUCAGGAUGUUGAGAAAGCAACCAGUGAGAUGAAUACUGCUGAGGAUUGGGGCCUCAUUUUGGAUAUUUGUGACAAAGUCGGUCAGUCUCGCACUGGACCUAAAGAUUGUCUUCGGUCUAUUAUGAGAAGGGUGAACCAUAAAGAUCCUCAUGUUGCUAUGCAGGCUCUGACUCUUCUAGGAGCAUGUGUAUCAAACUGUGGCAAAAUUUUUCAUUUAGAAGUAUGUUCAAGAGAUUUUGCUAGUGAAGUAAGCAACGUAUUAAACAAGGGUCAUCCUAAAGUCUGUGAAAAAUUAAAGGCUCUUAUGGUUGAAUGGACAGAUGAAUUUAAGAAUGAUCCACAGCUUAGUCUAAUAUCAGCAAUGAUUAAGAACCUUAAGGAGCAAGGAGUUACAUUUCCAGCUAUUGGCUCUCAGGCUGCAGAACAAGCAAAAGCAAGCCCAGCCCUGGUUGCCAAAGACCCUGGUACUGUGGCUAACAAAAAAGAAGAAGAAGAUUUAGCAAAAGCUAUUGAGUUGUCCUUGAAGGAGCAAAGGCAGCAGUCAACCACACUUUCUACUUUGUACCCAAGCACAUCCAAUCUCUUAACUAACCACCAACAUGAAGGCCGAAAAGUUCGUGCUAUAUAUGACUUUGAAGCUGCUGAAGAUAAUGAACUUACUUUUAAAGCCGGAGAAAUUAUUACAGUUCUUGAUGACAGUGAUCCCAACUGGUGGAAAGGUGAAACCCAUCAAGGCAUGGGGUUAUUUCCCUCUAAUUUUGUGACUGCUGAUCUUACUGCUGAACCAGAAAUGAUUAAAACGGAGAAGAAGACGGUACAGUUUAGUGAUGAUGUUCAGGUAGAAACAAUAGAGCCAGAACCGGAACAAGCCUUUAUUGAUGAAGACAAAAUGGACCAGUUGCUACAGAUGUUGCAGAGUACAGAUCCCAGUGAUGACCAACCAGAUCUUCCAGAGUUACUUCAUCUUGAAGCAAUGUGUCACCAGAUGGGACCUCUCAUUGAUGAAAAGCUGGAAGAUAUUGAUAGAAAACAUUCAGAACUCUCAGAACUUAAUGUUAAAGUGAUGGAAGCACUUUCAUUGUAUACCAAGUUAAUGAAUGAAGAUCCAAUGUAUUCCAUGUAUGCAAAAUUACAGAAUCAGCAGUAUUAUAUGCAGUCAUCUGGUGUUUCUGGUUCUCAGGUGUACCCAGGGCCUCCUCAGAGUGGUGCUUACCUGGUUGCAGGGAGCGCACAGAUGAGCCAUCUCAGGAGCUACAGCCUUCCCCCAGAGCAGCUGUCUUCUCUCAGCCAAGGAGCUGUUCCGCCAUCUGUAAACCCAGCCCUUCCCAGUCAGCAGACUCAGGCUUCUUACCCUAACACAAUGGUCAGUUCUGUUCAAGGAAAUACAUACCCCAACCAGGCUUCAGUAUAUAGUCCUCCUCCUGCCGCUGCUGCUGCUACUGCCGAUGUCACUAUAUACCAGAAUGCAGGAACUAAUAUGUCCCAGGUGCCAAACUAUAAUUUAACAUCAUCAUCGUUGCCUCAACCCGGAGGCAGUCAACAGCCACCUCAGCCACAGCAACCAUAUUCUCAGAAGGCUCUGCUAUAGGACUUGGGAUUCCUCUUUGUGGCAAAUACCUGCUAAAAGCCGCUGACAAUGUUAUGAGAAUCUUUAAUAUCUUAAGGUUUGUUUAUCCUCAGCUUAUAGGAAUCUAUCUUGGUCUACAAGUUCCAAUAUUCAAGAAGGUAGAACUCUCUUCAAUUUGCACUGACUUUUUAGAGGUUCUCCCUUCCCCUGCCCCCUAGAGGAAUGAAGCUACUUACAACAUUUAAUUCCUUUCAUAAUAUGAAAGAAUUGAUACAAGAUUAUUUGUCUCAUGAAAUUACCUGGUCUGCAAAAAGUCAAACUUAAAAACACUGUUGUGGCAAACGUUAUGUACAUAUACUGCUGUGUGACUUCAUUAGUGGCCAUUUUGAAUCACAAUGGUGAUCAUGUGAAUAUAUUUAACACUGUUAAAUUAAUUUACAUUGCUAUUUUAUUUUAAUCAUGAACAACUACCAUGUUUCAUAAUGUUUUGUGUAAAUUUAAGAUAAUUACACUAUCCCUUUAAACUGCAAGAGAACAAAGCUGUAGCAUAUUUACGUGAAGGCAUUAUGCUGUCCAUGUUCCAGUUUCACAUUAAACUGAACCUUCCUUUGACUACUUGUGAGCUAAACAUACGUAUUUUACGUCUUUCUGUAGCCUCUGUGUACUACUAGCUGUCAUCACACCAGCGUACAGGAGCUAAAUUUUUGGUGCAAUUAUAGCAAAUGAUGAUGUUCCCUUUUACACUUUGACAUUUCGGCAUGACAUCUCAGGAUAUUGUGGGACCAUGAGACAAAAUUAAGUAGGAUCACAUUCUUUAUAUCUUAUUUUUAAAGGAAUAAUGUUGGUUUACUUUUUCCUAGUUGAAGAUAGAAAUUAGAUUUCUGAGCUGUAUACUGUGUUUCUUGGUGGCAGUGACACCAAAGAUAGAGGCAAUGGAUAGAAAUUUUUAAACUGGAAAGAAAACAUGAAUUACACUACAUUUUCAAAGUCUCUUGUAAUUAUUUAGGAUAUAAACAAAAUUUGACUCAUCUGUCUUUUCCCACUAGUAGUCUUUUAAAUAUGUCUUUAACACAUUGUAUCCUUUAAUUGUUCAUUAAAAUGGAUAUAAGUAGA